CGAGACGCAACUUCACUCGGUCGUGGCUAAUUCUCCGAUUAGGUUUUUGAUUCUCUUCGUCUUCGUCUCUGAAGCGACCAAAACCCUAAUUUUACCAAUCCGAAAUUCCGAUUUCACAUGGGUGAACAUUCACCUUCUCAACCAUCAUCUCAAACUCAUCCCCCAAAUCAACCAGAAUCACCCAAUCCCGAAAACCCUAAUCCAAUUCCACCGGUAACCAACGAUGCCGACUCCGCCUCAUCCGCCGGAGUCUCCGGAUCAAUCCUCUCAUCAACCACCAUUGAAGCACCACGAGUCACUGAAUUAGGCAAUGUAUCGUCUCCACCUUCCAAAAUCCCACUCCGUCCUCGAAAAAUCCGGAAACUCUCACCCGACGACGACGCUUCCGGUAACAGCGACGGAUUCAAUCCAGAGCAUAACCUUUUGGCGACGACUUCAAAACCAGCAGUGAAGAGUAAAUUGUCACAGUCACGCUCUGUAACCGUGCCGAGAAUCCACGCAAAGUCUCUCACAUGUGAAGGCGAGCUUGAAGCAGCUCUUCACCAUCUCCGAAGUGCUGAUCCUCUGCUCGCGUCGUUAAUUGACAUUCACCCACCACCAACGUUCGAGACUUUUCAUACUCCGUUCUUGGCUUUGAUUCGAAGCAUUCUUUAUCAGCAGUUAGCAGCUAAAGCAGGGAAUUCAAUCUACACACGCUUCGUUGCUCUAUGCGGUGGUGAAAACGGCGUCGUUCCAGAGAAUGUAUUGCCUUUAACACCUCAACAGCUUCGUCAAAUCGGUGUUUCCGGGCGUAAAGCGAGUUACCUUCAUGAUCUUGCUAGGAAAUAUCAAAAUGGGAUCUUGUCGGAUUCUGGAAUAGUGAAUAUGGAUGAGAAAUCUUUGUUCACCAUGUUAACAAUGGUGAACGGGAUUGGGUCAUGGUCGGUUCAUAUGUUUAUGAUAAACUCUCUUCAUAGACCUGAUGUGUUACCAGUUAAUGAUCUUGGUGUAAGGAAGGGUGUGCAGAUGCUUAAUGGCAUGGAGGAUUUGCCUCGCCCAUCGAAAAUGGAGCAGCUUUGCGAGAAAUGGCGUCCGUAUAGAUCAGUAGCGUCGUGGUACAUGUGGCGGCUCAUUGAAUCUAAAGGUACACCACCGAAUGCUGCGGCUGUGACUGCCGGAGCUGCUCUUUCAUUUCCACAGUUGGAAGACAUUCAACAACAAGAAGAAGAACAACAGCAACAUCAACAACAUCAUCAACAACAGCCACAGCUUAUGGACCCUCUUAAUAAUGUCUUCAGUAUCGGGGCAUGGGGCCAAACAUAGCUGACUUGGCACCAUAAAUUAUCGUCUCUCAUAGCGUGAUAGGGAUUCUGGUCCGGUGGUCUUCCGCUAUUGUCUAGUGAAGAAGUCUUUGUUCCACAGCUAGGAAAUAAGAAUAAAAAUGGCCAUGGAACAGAAAUCUUCUUAGCUAAGUGAAGAGUAUGUAAUAUUUAGUUUAGCUAGUGAACUUUUCAUCGAUUUUUCUUUUUGUUGGAGACUUGAACUGUUGGCUAAAGAAACCUAUAGAGCGUCU